AUGACACUAUAUAAACUCUGUGAACGAGGGCUGACAAUAGCCACUUUCUUCUCUGCCUCAACGAAGAAGCCACCAGCAAUGAAACUCCACGCUGCAGCUAUCCUCGUCAUCUGCUGGCUUGGCAUCUUCACCAUGGACACGGUGAAAGGGAGCAUUGGAAGUCAGCGCAUGCACAAAUUGAGAUGUGUAAUUCUGCCUACACAGCAAGUGAACAUCCAAAAACUUGUUGGCUAUGAAAGGCAACAGGGUCCAGUAAACGCCGUCAUGUUUAUGACCAUAAAAGGUUUCAAGUUCUGCGUAAACGCUGAUCAGAAAUGGGUGCAGGAUGCUAUAAGGAAAAUAGACCAAAAACGUACCACCAAAGGCAAAUAAUCCCACCCUGGGCAAGCAUCUAAGGCCAACUGAAUGGAAUCGUCAUCAGUGCUGCAUUUAACAGCGAAGAAAGCCUUAGUAUCUGCU